AUGUUGCCAAUCCUCGUCGCGCUUGUUGCAGCGAGUCCUGUUGUCUUGGCGUCGCCUCUGCCGCAAGACGGCACAUUCAAGAUAACCGUCUUCUCCGACCUUCACUAUGGCGAGAACCCCUGGGACGACUGGGGCCCGAUCCAGGACAUCAACAGCACGACGCUCAUGAACACAGUGCUCUCCUCUGAAGCACCGGAUUACGUCGUGCUGAACGGGGACUUGAUUACGGGCGAGAACACCUUCCGCGAGAACUCGACAACACUCAUUGACGCGAUUGUUGCCCCUCUCAAUUCGUUCAAGAUCCCCUUCUCGUCCACCCAUGGAAACCACGAUAACAGUGUCAACAUCACCCAUUCGGAGGAAAUCAGGCGGGAGCUGAAGGUUGCACCUCUCAGUCACACGCGUUUCGCUCCAACUUGGGCUGAUGGGGAGGGAUAUGGACCUGGCACCUAUUGGGUUCCUGUAUACACGACAAAAACUGAUUCGAGUCCCUCACUCAUCCUUUGGUUCUUUGACUCUCGCAGUGGAUUCACUGAGGGAGUCAACUCCACGCAGGUGCCGGACUGGGUGGACGAGAAUGUGGCUGAUUGGAUUAAGCUCAACGUUGCUGCCAUGGACGCUGCAUGGGGCCCGGCCGAGAGCGUCAACCGAGGCUCUCUCGCGUUUGUCCACAUACCCCCUCAUGUCGUUCAAGAUCUUCAGGAGAACCUCAACAGCACUCAGGACCCUGGUCUUAACGCUGAUGAGCUUGGCUCUGGCUCCACUCAGUCAACUCAAGGACUGGGUACCGGGGCGGACGAUCCGUUCUGGGACGCGCUUAAUGCUGAAGUCAAGAACCUUCACGGUGUCAUCUCGGGUCAUGACCACGGCAAUGAGUGGUGCAAACGCGAGCCUUCCAAGAAUGUCAUCUUCUGCUUCGACAAGCAUUCUGGAUACGGUGGGUACAGCGGCACUGGCUGGGGCCACGGCGUGCGGAACAUCGUUUUCCGCUCGCCCAACCCGAGCGUUGGACCAGAGACUUGGAUUCGGAUGCAGGAGGGUGAUACCCAUGCUCGUAUCAUCAUGGAUUCGUCUUACAAUUGA